AUGUCGGCCACAACACAGUGGGAGAACAUCUAUCAUGGCCUCGAUACCACCCCGGGCAAGCUCCGAAUGUCGCAAGGCGGUCUCGGUUGGAAGCCUUCCGUAGGCGAAGGCAGCACCAUCACCAUCCCUGCCGAUCAGAUGGCUUCCUUCCAGUGGAUCCGCGUCGCCAGAAACUAUCAGCUCGCUAUCACGCUCAACAAAGACCGCGACACUCCUUCUCCAGCACAAAUCAAUCCACGCCGUACCAACUUUGACGGAUUUGUCCGCGACGACUUUGACCGCCUCUCUUCCCACAUUCGACAGUACUUCAACAAGCCACUGGAAACAAGAGAGGUUUCUACCAGAGGUUGGAACUGGGGUCAGGCGAAAAUCAGCACACACGACGUUCAGUUCCUCGUCCGGGACAAACUCGCCUUUGAGUUGCCCCUUUCGCACCUCGCCAACAGCAACAUUGCCAAAACUGAAGUUUCGAUGGAGUUCCUCAACCCAGAACAGCAACAACCAGGCGCCAACACAGGCUCCUCCGAUGCCAACGGGACCAAGUCAAGGCGCAACAAGGGCGACCAGCUCGUCGAGAUGCGUCUCUACGUCCCCGGCCAAGCCAGCAAGGACGACGCCAGCGAUGCCGGUAGUGCAGCAGCAGAUGCCGACGACAACAACGAAGAGACGGCAGCAGAGGCGUUCCACGAGGCGCUCAAAUCCAAGGCGGACAUUGGCCAAGUCGCCGGCGACUCGAUCGUCGUGUUCAAGGAAGUGCUGGUGCUCACUCCCCGUGGUCGUUAUGAUAUCGAUGUCUUCAACACUUUUAUCCGUCUGCGCGGCAAGACGUACGACUACAAGAUCCUCUACAGCUCCAUGAACAAGCUCUUCCUCCUGCCCAAGGCCGACGAGAUCCACGUCAUGCUCGUUAUCGGUCUCGAUCCGCCCAUCCGCCAAGGUCAAACCCGCUACCCUUACCUUGUACUGCAAUUCCCACGGGAAGAAGAGAUGGAUGCAGAGCUCAACCUCGACGAGGAGACCAUCCAAGAAAAGUACGACGGCAAGCUCAAGAAGCGCUACGAAGAGCCCACCUUCCGCAUCGUCACCAACAUCUUCAAAGUGCUCUCGGGCCAAAAAGUUGCCACCCCGACCGACUUUGAAUCCUCGUCGGGCCAGACCAGCAUCAAGUGCAACGUCAAGGCUGCCGACGGCAACCUCUACCCGCUCGAAAAGUCUUUGCUCUGGGUCUCGAAGCAGCCCGUCUACGUGCCUUACUCGGAGAUCCACCAAGCCAUCCUCUCUCGCGUCGGUGGCGCGGUCGCGUCAUCCAAAACCUUUGAUCUGCGCGUCGCCACCAAGAGCGGCACCGAUCACACGUUCCAGUCCAUCUCGCGCGAGGAGCUCGACCGUCUCAAGGCGUGGCUCGCUGACCGCAAGGUAAGGAUCAAGAACGAGAUGGCCGAAGAGACUGGUGGCUUGGCGGCAGCUGCCGCCGCUGGAUUGCUUAGCGACGAUGACGACGAAGAGAUGGGCGAUGCAGCUGGUGCUGAUGAGGACGAGGACAGCGAGGAGGAUGCUGACUUUGCCGCCGACUCGGACUCGGACGGUGGAUCGCCGUCGGAGGGGAGCUCGGAUGAAGAUGAGGAUGGAGGACAUGAGGACGAGGGCGAUGAGAGGCCAAAGAAGAAGAGGAAGGACUGA